UUAGUCGGUGAAUAUUCCUUUUCCAUUGCGCGAACGAUCUCAACCAGCGACGGACGGAUAGACAGUUACGCGUGCUCUGAUCCCGAAUCUCCGUUACGCACUGGAUCAUUUUAACGGACCACCCUGCACGAGUGGAGCUGAGUUGUCGAUGUGAGUGCUGGAAGAAGGUGUCUGUGGAUCAUCUGCUUGCUGAAGGAGUUAUUUGACUUAACUGGAAAGAUUAUAUUGUGAUAAUUCUCUCUGUGCCAUGAUAACGAAUUGGAGGUUAGUGGUGCGGUUGACUGUAGUCCUAUGUGCCUGCAAAUUGACAAUAGGCCAAGGGGUCAUCACACCUCGAUAUGCCAUUCUACAGAGGACACACUACGAGUGGUUGCCACAUAUAUCAGAAUACGAUAUGGACCAGGCCUUUAUAGUCGCUGAACAUGUGAUUAAAGCCAAAAGAGCGCACGAAGAUAAAAUCUUCAAAGGAGGUCGUAUCAUGAAGCCAGGAUCUCAUCCGUCAUCUUCUCGACAUCAGCACCUCCUGGCGCCGAACAGAAAAGCUGCCAAAAUGGAACGAGCUUGUGAAAAGUUUGAAGAAGCCACAAACGUUAUCAAGGAUAUGUUUAGUCUGACGAAAGAGCAGGUUACAUUAGCGCUUCCUCACGAGGAACUGAAAGGUAGAGAAGCCCUGAAAGCUGCAGAGCAAUGCCAUAAACAUUUCCACUCUGGAGGGUGUAUCGAUUCGAAGUACAGAUCAGUCGAUGGCAGUUGUAAUAAUCUUUACAACCCGACAUGGGGUAAAGCCUCUACUUGUCUUCAAAGGCUGCUUCCACCAGACUACGCAGAUGGAAUAUCCGUUCCACGCAUGUCCAAAUCUGGUAAACCUCUGCCACCCCCUCGAGUGAUUUCCCUCUACAUUCAUCGACAUAUUGACCGUCCUGCUCACGAUCACACUCACUUGUUGAUGGCUUUUGGCCAGUUCGUCGACCACGAUAUUACGCUCACUCCAAUUACUGGUAUGCCAGCUGGUGGUGCUCAGAUGAUUCAGUGCUGUCCACAUUCCAACAAUACUCAUCCUCAAUGUUUUCCUGUACUCUUACCUCAGGAUGAUCCCUUUUUCUCCAAGUAUGGUCAAGAUUGUCUAAAUUUUGUACGAUCGGCGCCUUGCCCACUUUGUACUCUUGGUCCUCGACAACAAAUGGAUCAAGUGACAGCUUUCGUGGAUGCUUCCAACGUGUACGGUAGUCAGGAAAAUGAAACUGAAGCUCUUAGAUCUUUCAGAGAUGGUAAGCUUAUCGUAACUAAAGUUCCCCACACUGGUGAUCUUCUUCCACAAACAGGAGAUGCCAAGAAAGAUGAAUGCAGUGUUCCUCAACGAAAUCUUUUCUGUUUUAGAGCAGGUGAUGCAAGAGUAAACCAACAUCCAGCUCUCACAUCUUUGCAUACUAUAUGGAUGAGACAACAUAAUCGGGUGUGUGAUGGUCUGAAGCAUAUAAAUCCUCAUUGGGAUGAUGAAACUUUGUUCUGGGAAGCAAGGCGAAUAGUCAGCGCACAAUUUCAGAAGGUCGUAUUUGGUGAAUAUCUUCCUGUUGUUCUGGGUGCCCACUAUAUGGAUUUCUACAGCCUGUGGGUAUUAGACUCCGGUUUCACACAAUAUAAUUCCAAAAUGGAACCUACAAUGAUUAAUGAAUUUUCUACAGCUGCAUAUCGUUAUGGCCACUCGUUGAUCGAUGGACUUUUCAGCGAAAUUCAGGAGCAUUCAGGACAUAUUUCUGGCAUUAUGCUCAGGAAUUAUUUCUUCUUCCCAUUUGAGCUUUAUGAUGGUCAACUGGAUCCUCUUGUGAAAGGACUGACUUUGCAACCAUCGCAGAAAUUCGAUCCAUACUUAGUACCCGAUGUCAGGAAUUUCUUGUACAGGCGGCGUGGCAACGCUACUGGCUUAGAUUUAGCUGCUUUCAAUAUUCAAAGAGGACGUGACCAUGGCGUACCAGGAUAUACUAGCUAUAUACAGUACUGUUUUGGAGUAGAAGUCAAAACAUUUGAAGAUUUGGAUAGGUUUAUGAGUCCAGAGAGGAGGAAGAGACUUCAAGAUGUAUAUCAGUCUGUGCACGAUAUCGAUUUAUACACAGGAGGCACGUCAGAGAGCAUAGUUCCUGAUGGUGUAGUUGGUCCAACGUUUGCCUGCAUCAUUGGUAUUCAAUUCUAUCACUUGAAAUUCGGGGAUAGGUAUUAUUUCGAACACCAUGGGGAAACAGGAUCUUUCACGCUUGAGCAAUUAGAAGCCAUUAAGAAAUCUCCUUUCUCCAAGAUUAUCUGUCAGAACACCCAUAUUCACGAAAUACAACGAUAUGCUUUCCGCUUCCCAUCAUCAUCGAAUCCAGUCACUCACUGUAGUGAGCUUCCUGACAUAGACCUCAGUGCAUGGGAUGAUCUCGGGCAUAAGAAGAAAAAAUAAGGCUUUAAAGAUUCGACCUGAAAAUGGAAAGGAAGUCUCAACGUAAUCUAACAAAGUAGCCAUAAUUUAAAGAGUUUUUAAAGAAAAUUUCUAACUUUAUAUAUCAUCUUAUAUUUUUGUGAACAUUGAGCUGUGCCUAUCAACCAUAAUUUUUAUUGGAGCACGUUGGACUCAACGUAUCUAGUCUACUAUAACGAGUGCUUGGACUGAUUGCCAAUGAUACGAAAGAAUGAGAUUAUGUAACGCGUUGUGGCAACGACUCCAGCCAAGGAAAGAAGUAGAAGCAUGUGUUGUUUUAGUAUUCGCUUGUUUCUCUUUAUAUGUCAUUUUCUAGGUUAUAUUUUCAUAUUUCUGCUGCUAAUUUUCCUUAAACUUUAUGGUUAUUUUAAUAGUUUAAUAGUAUGUUUACUAUAAAACCAUUUUUGAAAGCUGGAUUUAGCAAAAAAUUUGAUUUUUAUAUAUUUUUAAAUCACAAUAUCCCAUUUUUAUUUUAUUUAUUCAUUAAAGAUGUAUUUCAAUUAUUAUUUAAAUAUGUCAUCUUAGCAUUAAAUUAGAAGUAAAAAUCUGCCUUUAUUCAUUAACAAUUAAAAUUCUAUAAUAUAUGUUUUCAGAAUUUUAGCUAGAAGUUACAAAAUUUAAUCACAGAUAGAACAUACAUUAAUAGUCAAUAAUUACACAGAGCGAGACAUUUAUAUUUUUCUUACAAAUUAUUUUAUAAUAAAGAUUCUGAACUUCAUACAAUGCAGGAGUUUUUGAUGAAAAAUUAGAAAAAAAAAUUCUUUUAUAGGAAAUGUUUUUCUCAUAUUCUGACGUUACAGGUAACUCAUUAAUUUAUAUUUUUGUCCAUAAUUUGUUAAAGCAAAAUAACUUAUUAGAGUAAAAAAAAUGUUAAAGUGAUUAUGCGAAAUAUAAGAAAAAACAAGUUAUAAAAAUUUAUCUUCGAAAACAAACUCUUAUUUUUAUAUGAAUAGCGUAUUUAUUUCUUCUAAAUUUCUUUAACCCAUUCAUUCAUUUUACAUAAAUUAUAUACAGAAUACUUGCGGAACUUGCCUAUAUAAAUAAUCCGAGUAAAAUUCACAUUUGUAGACCAAAUUACUUCCAACACUAAGUAUAAUAGGAUUUUAGAGAUAAGAAAAUCCUGAAUUUUUAUGUUGUUGGAUAUUUUGAUAGAAAUUUUGAAACGUGUUAUAGUAUUUUAAUACUGUAAAACAGGAUUAAAUAUAUUUCAGUCACGUUUUCCUGUAUGCAACAGAAAUAUUUCUAUAAUAAAAGGGAAAUUGGCAAUAAAAAUAUGAAAUACGUGAGCCAUAUAUAUGUUUGUCUCCUGGAAAACCUUAGUUUUUGAUUAAAUUUCUUAAAUUAAAUAGUUGUAAAUCUAUAUUUAAUAUUUUAAAAUUCUUUUAAUUUUAUAUAAAAGUAUUAACAUUUUGGCGAUACUAAAAUUUUAAAAUUGCAUUUUAUGAUUAACAUUUCAUAUUAAUGCAUAAUUUAGAAAGCUAUAGUGCAAAAUAAAAAUUUGACAAUUAAUGUACCUUAAGCUUUUUAACAUACACUGUUGUCACUUGGAAAUUUUCAUUACGCUUAAAGUAAUGCAUAAAUAACAAGAAAUUUGAAAAGGAAAUUUAUUUUAUAUGCAAAAUAUUCUUAAAUCAGCGACUUUUCUUGUAUCAUUUUAUUGGAAUAAUGUGAAACAAAGCUUAAAAAUAUGCAUAUACGAACUGAAAAUUCUAAUUACAUUGUAAUAUAUUAGUAAUAUAUUUAAACAUGUUUCAUUUUUAAAUACAUAAAUAUGAAUUUAAACUAAAUUAUAUCGCAUAAAAACAGAUUCUUGAUUAUAUAAGUUAAAAAAUAAUGACUUGUUCAUGACCUAAUUUCUGAAAUUCUAUUAACUGUUGGAAAGGAUGUAAGCUAUAAUGCUAUGGAUUCGUUACACAUAAUACAUUUUUACAGUACAAGCCUUCAUUUGUACAAAUUUGAAUAUGCUGUUUAUAAGCAAUGCAUAAACUGUACCUCAAAGUUUCGUUGGUUAUGGGUAAACAUUUUAAUUUUUUUUUUUUUUUGUGGGGUGUUACACUUUCUUAUGCUGGUUAAUGUAAUUCUUAUUUUAGAUUGUGCAAGAACUGCUUAUAGCCGAAUAUUGUACAUAAAUUUUAUAAAGAGAUAUAGAUUUAAAUAUGGAUUUUUCAAUGGAAAUUUUUACAAGUGAUUGAUGUCGUAUAUUAUUGAAGGAUAUCAAAUUGUUAUUUAUUUACAGUUAUAUAUGUAUGUGAAAUAAAAUGAAUAUUUUAUUUAAAUUUUAUAAAUAUCAUUUGUAUAAAGUGUAACAUUUUAUUGUUAGAAUUAUAAGUACUUAAUAAGUGAAAUAUUGUACUAUUUCUGAAGAGGAAGGAAUUCUAUUGUCACAGAGUGUUAUAUUUGUUGCUUUGUAACAUGUACAGUUGUUGUCAACCUGCAGGUUAUUUGUUGCCAAUAGUAAUAUAAAUAUAUGGGCCCUUGUGUUAUGUAUAAAUGUCGGCCAAUCGUUCAUGUUUGUUCUGUUUUUUAUAAUAAAGUGCUUAAAACUCU